AUGGCGUUCGCAAACAGUAAAUCGAUUGAAAAGACUCAGCAAGAGAAUAUAGAAAUAUUAACGGAGAGUUUUGCACAAGGAUGGAAGGCGUUUUGUGAAGCUCCCGUAGAUGAGGGUGUCAUGUCUUUGUUUGAUGGCAUCAAUCCCAGUGAUACCACUAUACAUGUUUUGACUUUAAAUAAUCAAAGUGUGGAGCUGCCCAUACGUGCUUUGUCGGAGUUAAGGGAUUUUGAUAUAAAUCCCAAACGCAAGACAUUGCUAUAUGUCAAUGGUUUCUAUGCGGCUGAUAGUUAUUUUAGCAUACAAUCCCAUUUACAUAUGCUGCAGUCUAGAAGACGUGAACUCAAUGUUAUUAUAGUGAACUUUGCCAAGGAUAUACAGCAGCUGUACUAUGCUCUGAGACAUCAUCUGUCAUUGCAGGGUUAUUUUGUUUCCAAAAUCUUGGCUGUUUUAACCGAAAAUGGCAUAGAUCCUAAGGAUAUUACAGUAGCAGGUCAUUCGGUGGGUGCCAAUGUGGCGGCUCUGGGUAUUUCCACUUACUCUGAGGAAUAUUUCAACAACUACAAGCAGAUUUCACACAUAGGACAACUUAUUGCCAUAGAUCCUUGUUCGUAUAUCUGCGGCUCCAAUGAUUUGUAUGUACGUCGCAAUGUCUCCUCUCGUGUGGUGGUCAUACAUGGCGAAGGCAAUGUCUUUGGUGUACGCAAUCCUAUGGGCACCAUAGACAUCUAUCCUAAUGGUAUUGGCUACUAUCCUAAGAGACGUCUUCAGCCAGGCUGUGAAACAUCCAUAUGCAGUCAUAUGUAUCCUUUCCUAUUGUUUAUGGAGGCAUUGGUUGAGGAAGUUCGCAUACCCGCGGUGAAAUGUGAAAGUUGGUUACAGUUUAGAGAACAAAAUUGUGAUUAUACGAAUACUUUAGAUAUGGGUGUUAUUUAUCCGGAAACAGCUAGAGGUUUAUAUUUUUGUGUUACACAACCUUAUCCGCCGUUUACUUUAAGGGAGCAGGGUUUAAAGUAUAUUAGUCGAAGUAGAAGGAAAUAA